AUGGAAAACGACAAUAAGGACAAGAAUACCUGGAUCGAAGAUGUCGCAGCCGACGGUGUUACGGAUGUUAUGGCCACCUACCGGGCGUACGAUGCAGAAUUCGCCCGGACAAUAGAGCAUGGGCUGCUAAGAAAGAUCGACCGCCGCAUCUUGCCGUUGGUACUGCUCAUAUAUCUGUUCAACUAUCUGGAUCGAAACUUCAUUACUCAAGCUCGUGUCUACGGAUUACAAGAGGACACUCAUCUGAAAGGAGCUGAGUAUCAGACUGUGAUAUCCAUUUUCUCGGUCGGGUACAUCCUGAUGCAGAUACCUUCGACAAUGCUCAUGACCAAGUUUCGACCUUCAGUCUACCAGCCACUAUGCAUGAUAGUCUGGGCCUUGGUUAGCGGCUGCACAGCAGCAACUAACAACGUGGGCAGCAUCAUGGCCGUGCGAUUCCUGCUGGGCUUUGUCGAAGCGCCAUUUUUCCCGGGUGCAAUCUACUUCCUCAGCUGUUGGUACACGAAAAAGGAACUUGGCGUGCGGACUGCGCUCCUUGUUUCAGGGAUUCUACUAUCGAACGCCUUUGCUGGAUUAAUAUCUGCUGGUAUUCUGACUGGAAUGAGUCACGCCACCCAUCUCGCGUCCUGGCGAUGGCUUUUCAUCAUUGAAGGCCUCGCCACCAUCGUCAUCGCAGUCACCGCCAUGGCCUUCCUCCCUGAUUUUCCAGCCACAACGAAGUGGCUCACCGAAGCGGAGCGGGUCGUCGCACAGGCCCGCCUCGCAACAGACGCAGGCUCCGAGACAACAUUAGACGAAGGGAAAGUCCCACUUUCACGGGCAAUUGUCUGGGCUGCAAAGGAUGUGAGGACAUGGGUAUUUGCGUGUAUGCAACUGGCAACCACUGCUACCAUAUCCUUCUCGCAUUUCUUUCCCACCCUUAUCAAAGACAUCGGGUUCACAAACAACACCACUGUCCUUCUUCUGACUUCUCCCCCCUACGUGGUGGGAUUCUUCUGGGCCGUCGGAUGGGGCUGGUGGGCGGACAGGCGGCAGAUACGUUCGGUCCCUGCUGGCAUAUCACAGAGCGUCGCAAUUAUCGCGACUGUUCUGCUCAUUGCAGUACCAGAAUACCUGAAGUGGGCCCGCUACGCUUUUACCUUUUUGGCCUGCUGUGGUACGUACGGGGUAUAUGCUACUACCUACGCUUGGCUCUCCUCGACUAUUGUCCAGCCUCCUGCGAAGAGGGCUGCAGCGAUCGGGAUGGCAAAUACCUGUGCUAAUAUUGCAAGCUUGUUUGCAAAUUACUUCUGGUUAGAUCAGUAUGGGCCGACGUAUAGAGUGAGCUGGGGCUGUAUUCUGGCGUUUGAGUGCCUCGGAAUGGGGUGUAUCUUGAUCCUCAGGGGUUUAUUGACCAGGGCGAAUAGAAGGUUCGCGGACUUGGCCGGGACUGUAGAUUCCAACGAUGUUGUGGCCAUGCAGAGACUGGAUUACGAUGAGCAGAGGGCAGUCAUGAAUGGGUUCAUGUAUGUUGUUUGA